AUGACCGAGGUCUCGGCUACCCGCCUCUACUUGGGCAACCUCCCUCGCACAGCUACCAAGGCCGAUAUCGAGGCCCACUUUGCGACCCAUGGCACCGGUGAGAUCACGGAGGUGAAGCUGAUGAACGGCUUUGGCUUCAUCGAGUACAAGGAUCCCAUGGAUGCCCGCGAUGUCGUUCCCGGGGAUCUUGUGGAUAACGUGGACUUCCUUUGGCUCCUUCUUUGUAACCUCUCCCUGGACAUGGACUUACUUGGAUACUGGACACAGGAUCUCAAAGAUUUUGCUCGCCAGUCGAGCCUUGACGUGGUGUAUUCCGAAACAGGACGCGAUUCUAAUGGACGAGGAUUUGUCGAGUUUGAAUCUGCCGCGGACCUAAGGACCGCCGUGGAAAAAUUGGAUGGCCGUGAAUUCAAAGGCAGCCGUGUCCAGUGCGUUGCUGAUACUCAGCCGGACAUUCCUGCAUCUCGUGGUAGGUCCCGAUCUCCCGGGCCUGGACGUCGCCCGUACCCUCCUCCAACGGAUGACUAUGACCGGCGCCAGCCUCCCCGAGGCUACAGUCCUCGCCGCGAUGCGCCUUAUGGAUACCGUGAUCGCAGCCCUCGACGUGAUUACUACGACGACCGUGGACCACGCGGCUACCGUUCCCCUCCACGACGACCAGAAGGGGGGGACUACCCCCCUCGUGGACGAUACGAUGAUCCCUACAGGAGGGAUUAUGCGCCGCCCCCGGACCCCUAUACCAACGGUCGGCCCUAUGAGCGGGCCCCAAGAGACUAUCCUCCACCAAGGGAUGCUCCAUAUCCUCGUGAAGGUUAUCCGCCUCGCGAGUAUGAGCGUGGAGGGCGCUACUGGUAA